AUGGACCAAACUGUGCACAUUCAGUUCAGUGAACGGCAAUUUCACAUUCUUUUCAGUAACAGGCAGGUGCACAUUCAGUUCAGUGAACGGCAAUUGCACAUUCUUUUCAGUAACAGGCAGGUGCACAUUAAGUUCAGUAACAGGCAGGUGCACAUUCAGUUCAGUGAAAGGCAAUUGCACAUUCUUUUCAGUAACAGGCAGGUGCACAUUCAGUUCAGUGGCAGGCAGUUGCACAUUCAUUUCAGUAACAGGCAGGUGCACAUUCAGUUCAGUGGCAGGCAAUUGCACAUUCAUUUCAGUAACAGGCAGGUGCACAUUCAGUUCAGUGGCAGGCAAUUGCACAUUUAUUUCAGUAACAGGCAGGUGCACAUUCAGUUCAGUGAACGGCAAUUGCACAUUCUUUUCAGUAACAGGCAGGUGCACAUUAAGUUCAGUGGCAGGCAGUUGCACAUUCAUUUCAGUAACAGGCAGGUGCACAUUCAGUUCAGUGAACAGCAAUUGCACAUUCUUUUCAGUAACAGGCAGGUGCACAUUCAGUUCAGUGGCAGGCAAUUUCACAUUCAUUUCAGUAACAGGCAGGUGCACAUUCAGUUCAGUGGCAGGCAAUUGCACAUUCAUUUCAGUAACAGGCAGGUGCACAUUCAGUUCAGUGGCAGGCAAUUUCACAUUCAUUUCAGUAACAGGCAGGUGCACAUUCAGUUCAGUGGCAGGCAAUUGCACAUUCUUUUCAGUAACAGGCAGGUGCACAUUCAGUUCAGUGGCAGGCAAUUGCACAUUCAUUUCAGUAACAGGCAGGUGCACAUUAAGUUCAGUGGCAGGCAAUUGCACAUUCAUUUCAGUAACAGGCAGGUGCAUAUUCAGUUCAGUGGCAGGCAAUUGCACAUUGAUUUCAGUAACAGGCAGGUGCACAAUCAGUUUAGUGGUGGGCAGAAGUGAACAUUUUUAGAAUGUUUUAAAAGAAAAUGAAAUUAACACAAAGAUAAUAAUCUUUUUUCUCUUAAUUCAUUUUAUGUCCCAAAGAUUAGAUCCACGUUUCAAAAUUUCUUGUAAAACACGUAAAAAUUAAAAAAAAGAAGGGUAAUAGGACCUUAUUCCCCUGGAAUAAAGAGGCAUGGGACUUGGGCCUCCCAGAAUACACAAAUAAAUACUUUAUUGUCCCAAUAAGCACGUCACAUUGAGACUAAUAGAAUAAAUAGUGCAUCUACUUUUGUAAUCACAUUAUCAAAUCAGGAAAGUUUAAUAGUAAUUUACAACUAAUUAUAAAUUUCUUGUAAACAUGAUUUCAUAAAUUAAUUGUGAAAGUUAAAGUAGUUUGUGAAAAUGUUGGUGCAAGAAAUAGAUGUGGAUUGUGCUUCUUUUAAAGGUGUUUACAAAUAAAUACCGACGAAGAUUCAAUAUUCACUUGUUAUUGCGUAAAACAUGAUGCAAGCUCACAAGACUUAAGUAUUUAAAUAUAAUUAUAAAUAUCACUUUACAUUAAGCUCAGAAUCAACGCUUCACAGCUGAGAAGUUUGUACAAUUAGAGCAUUUACACUUACUUAACAGAUUUCAGUUUCUAGUGGAGAGGCUUGUGUAGACGCUGAAAUAUUUGCUUUUAGUCACAUUUAAGUAUAAACAAUUUGCAUUUGCUCUGCAAAUUUUAAUAAUUCUUUAUUCCUUGUGAUGAUAUAAGGUGCCUUUUAGAUUACUAUAAUGAGGUAUGUAGAAACAUUAAUGUGAUUUAGUUAUGCUUGUAAGUUUCAGCAUUUUAUGAAGAUUAUGAAAAAUGUGUAACAUUAUGUGAGGAUAAUAAUUAUUUAAAACUUACAGCUUAACUCGCAAUCUGAUAUUUGUUUUAUUCAGGCAGUGAAUACAAGUUGUAUUUUAAUACGGAUGUUGGACCAAUAGUGGGUUUAUACUAGUCAGUCUAACUGUAAAUGUUUUUUGCAUUAGAGUUUAGUAUGAAUAAAUAUACUUUGUAAUAAAAAUA